AUGGCUGGUAGUAACGGGAUGGGAUACCUUCUUUGCGUAUUCCUUACAGUACUUCCUUCUGUUUUCUCCCUACCAUACUUUAUGAACGGUAGACCAAGAGGUGGAAUGGUAGGAGUACCAGUAUUGUCAGAACGUCCCCACACCGAGCCACAAGAACAGUGGAUAUCCCAACGACUUGAUCAUUAUAAUGAUGCCGAUCUCCGGACAUGGCAACAGCGCUACUACAUUGACGAUAGUCACUACAUAGCUGGAGGUCCAGUGUUUCUGAAUAUUGGCGGAGAAGGUCCAUUAAAUUCAAAAUGGCUGAUGGCUGAAACAACAUGGAUACAAUAUGCAAUGAAAUAUGGAGCUUUGUGUCUUCUCGUCGAGCACAGAUACUAUGGAAAAAGCCAUCCUACAGUAGAUGUGAGUACUGAUAGCUUACAGUAUUUGAGCAGUGAACAGGCCUUAGCAGACUUGGCUUAUUUUAGGAAUUAUAUCGGUGAAAAGUUGAAUAUAACAAACAACAAGUGGAUUGCCUUUGGUGGUAAUCUUGCCGCUUGGUUUCGUAUUAAAUAUCCUCACUUGGUGGAUGGUGCUGUGGCCACUAGUGCACCUGUAUUAGCCAAGCUGAACUUUACUGAAUAUUUAGAGGUGGUAAGAGACUCACUUGCUAGCAGCAAAGCUGGUGAAGCCUGUAAUAAAAACAUCCAAGCCGCAGUCAUCGAUAUGCAGAAAAAAUUGCAAACUACAGAAGGUGAGAAGUUACUGCAGAACAUAUUCCAAGUAUGUGGACCAAUCAAUUCAACAGAAUUAAAAGAUGUGCAAAAUUUCCACAGCUUAGUGUCUGGUAAUUUUGAAGGAGUUGUGCAGUAUAAUAGAGACAACAGAGAGUUUGAGGGUGCUGUAGGUACUAAUAUAACUCUGGACACACUAUGUGAUAUCAUGGUGGAUGAAUCCAUUGGUGAUCCAUUACAUAGGUAUGCUGCAGUCAAUACACUGAUGUUGCAGACUUAUCAAACCAAGUGUCUGGACAUCAGCUACGAUAACAUGAUACAAGAAAUGAGGCAGAAUAGUUGGAAUAGUAGUGCAGCAGAAGGAGGGAAACAAUGGGUAUAUCAGACAUGUACAGAGUUUGGUUACUAUCAGACAUCUGAUGCAAUAAAUCAACCAUUUGGUCAUAAUUUUCCUCUUAGCUUUUCACUACAGCAGUGCCAAGACAUUUAUGGUAAACAGUUCAACCAGACAACCCUUACAGCUGGUAUCAAGAGCACAAAUACAAACUAUGGUGGGCUGGGCCUGAAGACCAACAAUGUUGUGUUUCCUAAUGGUUCUAUUGAUCCAUGGCAUGCCCUGGGAAUAACACAAGACGUAUCACAGUCUGUCACUGCCAUCUAUAUUAAAGGUACAGCACACUGUGCAAACAUGUAUCCAGAGAAAGCAGAUGAUCUCCCACAGUUGAAACAAGCCAGGAAGACCAUAGAAAUCCUGAUUGGUAAAUGGAUCCAGUAACACUGAAAAUUAGUUAAUAGGCC